UGUAGUUUUGGAACUGCAAAAUCUCACAUAUCUGACACAGAUCAAGUUAAUUCCUCAACUCUCUGCUCUUCUGAAAAAGGAACUGCUUUUGCGGGGUGGGAACGAUGACAGGGGCAAAAAGGAAAAGUGCAGCCUGGAGGAAGAUCCAGGCUGUUCGCUUUGAAGAUAUCAAAGUCUGGUGUAUGAGAAGGCUGCCCAUCUUGAACUGGGUGCCUGUCUACAACUGGAAAGAAAAUUUGAUUCCUGAUACAAUUUCUGGGAUGAUGCUAGCCAUCCAACAGGUGACUCAAGGGCUGGCCUUUGCGGUUCUGUCUUCAGUCCAUCCAGUUUUUGGUUUAUAUGGCUCUUUCUUUCCUGUCAUUAUUUAUGCCAUAUUUGGAAUGGGACAUCAUGUUGCGACAGGAACUUUUGCUUUAACUUCCUUAAUAUCUGCCAACGCAGUUGAGCGCCUUGUUCCUUCGGUCACCAUGAAUUUCACUACAAACAAUAAUUCAGGAUUUUUGGGCCUAUCGGAGUUUGAAAUGCAGAGGAUUGGAGUUGCAGCAGCAGUUUCAUUUCUAGGAGGAAUCAUUCAGGUAGCGAUGUUUAUGCUGCAGCUGGGCAGUGCCACUUUCUUGUUAACAGAACCAGUGAUAAGUGCGAUGACAACAGGAGCAGCUACACACGUUGUGACUUCACAAGUCAAGUAUCUGUUGGGAAUGAAAAUGCCGUAUAUAUCGGGGCCGCUGGGAUUUUUUCAUAUUUAUGCCUAUGUGUUUGAGAAUAUCAGAUCAGUUCAGUUGGAGGCUUUACUUCUCUCCUUGCUGAGCAUUGUGGUGCUUGUUCUUGUUAAAGAACUGAAUGAGAAAUUUCAAAGAAACAUUAAAAUUGUUCUUCCCAUCGAUCUAGUCUUGAUAAUUGCUACAUCCGUUGCCUGCUACUAUGCUGAUAUGGAAUACGUCUAUGGGCUGGAAGUUGUGGGACAUAUUCCUGAAGGGUUACCAUCACCAAAAACACCACCCAUGAACAUCCUGCCCGAAGUAGUCACUGAAGCUUUUGGAGUAGCACUGGUUGGUUAUGUAGCAUCACUAGCUCUUGCCAAAGCCUCUGCUAAAAAGUUUAAAUACACUGUGGAUGACAACCAGGAAUUUCUGGCUCAUGGCCUCAGCAACGUGAUUCCUUCAUUUUUCUUUUGCAUACCAAGUGCUGCAGCGAUGGGACGGACAACACUUUUAUACAGUACAGGUGCCAAAACACAGGUGGCUUGCCUUAUCUCUUCUGUAUUAAUUCUUGUAGUGAUCUAUGCAAUUGGACCUAUGCUGUACUGGCUGCCUAUGUGUGUGCUAGCAAGCAUUAUUGUUGUGGGCUUGAAGGGGAUGUUAAUGCAGUUCCGUGACCUAAAAAAAUAUUGGAAUGUGGAUAAAAUAGACUGGAGCAUAUGGGUUAGUACCUACGUGUUUACAAUAUGCUUUGCUGCUAACGUGGGACUGUUGUAUGGCAUUGUCUGCACUAUAGUAGUUGUGAUUUUCCGCUUUCCCAGAGCAAAGACACUGAACUUGAAAAAUGUGAAAGAAGUGGAAUAUAAAUACAAAACAGAAGAUAAUUGUGAAUUAUUAAAACAGGUAAAGAUUGUUUCAGUCUGCAACCCAUUAGUCUUUCUGAAUGCCAGGAAAUUUCAUGCUGACCUGAUAAAGAUAAUCCAGAAGGAUAGCACGAGCAGCCAGGCAUGUGAAGAUGUAAACAAGUGUGAGCAGAACACAUUGCUCUGUUCAUUUCCCAAUGGGACUUGUCAUGGUGAGUCAUUGCAGUUAUGUCAUGGUGAGCGAUGUGUUUUGGUAUUAGACUGCAGUGGACUGAAUUUCUUUGACUACACUGGAGUCUCGGUGCUGCUUCAGAUUUACAUGGACUGUAACAGACACAUCGAUGUGUUGCUAGCACACUGCAAAGCUUCCUUGAUAAAAGCAAUGCAGUACGGUGGAAAUCAAUCUGAAAAUCCUGUCUUCUUUGAAUCUAUUUCUUCGGCAAUCGAUGCCAUUCAGAUUCACAGGGUAGAGACUUAAA